GUAUUAAAAAAUACUCUCUUUAAAAAAUCACAGAGAUACUUUAUUUAUCAACAAAUAAAUUUACAAUUAUUAAAUUAAAUAUUUAAAUAAUUUAUCAAUGGACGAUGUAUUUGUAGAAUUAUCCAACGAUAUGUUGGAUACUGAAAGGGGUGAUGAAGUGAAAGAUGACAUGACAAUUCGUCAACCAAGAAAAAGACGUGUAAGUGAUGUCAUUGAUUCAAUUGGUGAUGAUUCUGGUCAUGACUCCAACUCAUUUGAUUUACCAUCACACGUAAAUGGUGACUCAAAUGAAAAUUAUAUCAACGAAGAGGAAGAAACCAUAGUUCCAGUGACACCAGAAUCAGUUAAUCUUUUGAUGCCUGAAUGGCUUUGUAAAAAAAGUUCACAAGCUGAUUCUGUACCAGUGGGUCUUCCAGAAGAUGAAGGUGAAGAUGAAGAUGAUCACUCACCCCUAUCACAAAAUAGUCUUCUUGAGCUAUCAGCAUCAAUGCCAGUUGCAAUUGACGCGGAAAGAUACAACAUGAAUCACAAAAAUCGUGGUAAAUGUAUUGUUUUUAAUCAGGAAACAUUUGACACCGGUUUAAAAACACGUAAUGGAUCAUCUGAAGAUGCAAAAAGAAUUGAAACAACAUUUAAAAAUCUGGGAUUUAAUGUUGAGAUACUUGAUGAUUUGGAGCAUACUGACAUUAUGAAAAAAAUAGAUGAACUUAGUAAUGAAGAUCAUCGGGACAAUGAUUGCUUGUGUAUAUUCAUGCUAACUCAUGGACUAUCAAAUGAUCUUGUUUUUGCAAAAGAUGUUGCGUAUGAUGUUAAAAAAAUAUGGAAACCAUUUACAGCUGAUAAAUGUAAAACUCUUGCUGGCAAACCAAAACUAUUUUUCAUCCAGGCAUGUAGGGGAAGCCAGUUGGAUGUUGGUGUACAAAUGAGACAACGAAAUACUGAAAUUAGAAUGAACACAGAAGUUGAUGGUAAUAUUGAUACAUACAAACUUCCAACUCAUGCGGACUUCUUAAUUGCCCACAGCACUGUUCAAGGUUUUUAUUCAUGGAGAAAUCCAACUGAGGGUACAUGGUUUGUUCAGUGUCUUUGUGAUGUUAUUGAUGAACAUUAUACAACAACUGAUUUACAAAAAAUGCUAACUAUUUGCAUGAGAAAAAUUGCUACUGAAUAUUCAAGUUAUGACGAUGUCAAUCCAUUGAAUAAUGAUCUCAAACAAGUACCAUCAAUCACGACAAUGUUACUUCGGGAUAUUUAUUUUCUACAAAAAUAAUUUACAGUAAUUAAUUUAUCAUUAAUUAUUUUUCUUUAACAAUUAUACUACAUUUGUUUAUUUUUUUUUUAUUAUUGUUUAUAAUAUAUAUAAAUAUAUAUAUAGUUUUUUUUUAUUUUACUUUUUUCAUGUUGAGUUUAAAUCAACAACGUGCAUUAUAAAAAUUUAUAAAUAUACUUAAUUAUUAUUUAAACAAUAGAUAAAUGCAAAAAUAUAUUUAAAAAAAUUUAAAUAUACAUUAUUAUUUUUUUGUUUUAUAAAAAUAACAUUUUUUUUUUUCAUCAAGAUUAUUAAACUUUUUCAAUUAUCAUAUUAUUUAUAUAUAGAAAAAAAAUUCUUGUUUGAUUUAUAAUAAUAAGACAAUAUUAUACAUAACUUUUUUUGUAUUAAAAAAAUAAAAAUAACAGAAAAAAAAAGUUUAGAAAAAAUUAAAGAAAAGAAAGAAGUUUAAAAAGUUGAAAAAUCUCAUUUGUUACUUGUAUAAUAAGUUUUGAAUAUAAAAAAAGUUUUUCAAGACAAA